AUGCCGCGUCCGCGCCGCGCGGUGCAGCUGGCGCCCGGCUCGCUGGCCCUGGUGCUGCGCCGGCGGCGGGAGGCGGCCGAGGAGCCGAGCGGCGCGGCGCUGUUCCGGGCCUUCCGCCGGGCCAACGCCAGGUGCCACUGGGACGCCGGGCUGGCGCGCGCCGUGUCCCGCGUCUCGCUGCAGGGCUGGCUGCGGGGCGGCGUGCUGCUCCUGCAGGGCCCCGCCGCCCCUCUGCAGCUGCUGCGGGACGCCUGGCUCCGCAGGGCGCUGCGCCCGCCCCAGGGGUUCCUCAUCCGGGCAGUGGGUGAUGUCUCUCCAAUUCACAUGAAUCCUAUUUCUCAAUCCCAGUUUGUUCCUUUGGCAGAAAUUCUUUGCUGUGCUAUAUCUGAUAUGAAUGCAGCUCAUGUUGUUGUUACCCAGGAAACGUUAAUGGAUCAGUUGGUGAAACAUUAUCCAGGUAUAGCAACUCCCUCACAAGAAAUUCUAUAUAGUGUGCUUGGAACUCUAAUUAGAGAAAGGAAGAUAUAUCACACUGGAGAAGGCUACUUCAUAGUGACCCCUCACACCUACUUUAUCGCAGAUAAUGUCAUGAAAAACAAUAAGAAGUUCCUCUUAGAGGAUAAUUGCCCUUUACUGCCGUCCACCUCUUAUUUUGUAAGCAUGGAGAGCUCUGCAGAUCUAACAAAAGAAAAUGUUCCUCUGGUGUCUCAUUGCAGAUCCUGUCAUUGUUUCCCUGCUCAGGCUAUAUUCAGUGAACAAAGACAUGAGCAAUUAAUUAACCAUGAACCUAAUGGAAUUGGUCAAAAAGGCUCUGGUGAGUUGAAACCCUCAGUUCAGAAUGAGCCUCUCUCUAAAUCAGUUGAGACUCAGUCAUGUGACAUAACCAAGUCCUUAACUUCAAUGAAAGAAAAAGAAAAAUGUAAGAAGUUUGGGCUUAGCCUUUUCUGGCGUAGCACAUCUAAAAAAGAAAAACCUAAAAAAAAGUAUUCUUCUUUUUCUGCCCAAUUUCCUCCUGAAGAAUGGCCAGUCAGGGAUGAAGAUCAUUUAGAUAACAUUCCACGUGACAUUGAACAUGAAAUCAUCAAGCGUAUUAACCCUGUGCUAACAGUAGAUAACUUAGUUAAACACACAGUACUAAUGAAGAAAUUUGAGGAACAGAAAAAAUAUAUUAGUAAAGGCACCUCAACCGAAAUGUUGACAAUUAAGCAAAAGCAUCUUUCAAAAGGGUGUGUUCUUAAAAAGCAAAGUAAAAUGGCAAAGCAUCACAGGAAAGUUCAAUCCAACAAAGAAAAGCAAAUAAGAAAAACCCAGAGAAAAUCUCAAGUUAAUGAGGUAAUGUCAGAAAAUGACAAACAGGAAAAAUUUGCAGAGCGUGUAUCACAUGUUACAAAUGAAGUCAUAGCUCAUGAACAGCUAUAUGAGGGUGCAACAGGUGUUAAAUCCCAUUUUAUAUAUAAAAAGCAAAUUAAAAAUCCUUUUCAAGGUCUACCAUGUAGAGAGAGACUUUCUACAAAAGGGCAUAAAGGUCAGAAAAACAGUCAAUUUAAGUCCAGGAUUCAAAAGCAAGAAUGGAAUUUUCAAAGGUCAAGGUCUUUGGAUUCCUCAGGAACCUUUGACCAUGAAGCCAUACAAUCAAAUGCUGAAAAAUGCAGUGACAAAGCCAAGCAAAACAAAUCAUCCCAUGCUGAUAGGUUGGCAGGAAGAAUUGUUAAAGGCCAUUUCAGUGAAUGCUCUAAUUAUCCACAAUGCAGUACUGUACAAAUAGAUGAUAUAUGUCAUUAUUCCAGAGAGAGUAGCCUUUCUGACUAUGUCUAUAGAGGGGCAAACAAAGUUAUUGGAGAUGUUCCAAAACCUCGUUUCUCUUACGCUGAAGAUAUGUUUGAGUUUAAGGAAGAAAUAAAGUAUCCACUGAGUUCAAAAGAUACCCAUCAGUGUGACAAACCUGCCAUAAUAUAUGAGCUACUAGAUCAAACAUCAAAUCAGUUUCAGAAUUUCAGUCUUUCUAAUGAUCCUGCUGACGCUAACCAGUUUAAACAGUCUGAAAAUGGCGCAACUCAAAGACUAAGUAUUGACAAAAAGAACGAACUAAUGUUUAACAAUACUACUAACUGGCCUGAGUCUGUUAACCCAGAAAAAAAAGGAUUUACUGAUGAUCAGACUUUGUAUCAAAAAGUAGAUGAUGAUGAUGAUGCUUGCAGCUCAUUAUAUCUUGAGGGGGAUGAUUACCCUAAAUCGUAUGAGCAGCAACUCAGCCACACCAUUUCAGAAACAGGAGAAUGGAGUAAGGGAAUACAACAAAUAGGAACUGAACUCUCUCUCAGAAACUGGGGUCUUAGUAUUCAUCCAGCUGAGUGCAAUACUGAUGUAAAUCAGUUAGAUUCUUGUGGGCAUGAAGAAAAUGAAAGUCAUAGUCAUAGUCAUAGUGGGUCAAUGGAUAGCUCACAAGAGUACCAGAAAAUGCAUCUUGCAAGAGAAGAUUGUUUCUAUGAGCAGCUAUCUCAGUUUGCUUACACUCAUCAUGAAGAGGAAGUUGACCUUGCUGAACAUGGUGUCAAUAUACUUGAUUUCUGCAAAACAAACAAGGGUGAUUUAGAUGUUGAAACUUUGCCAAACACUCCCAAUGAAAUGAGAGAGAAAUUAGCUUGCUGGACACUGGGACUGCAGACCAUGGAAAUGAGAAAAAAAAAUGGAAAAAAGCAGCAGCUUUUUAGUAGUACACAUACUACAAUUUCAGGGCCAAAUGUCCAAAAAGAAUUAAAUAAUGUAGAAGUAACAGAAAACCAGAGCAUUACAGGAGACAGCGGAAUUGAUUCUCCAAGAACACAAAGUCUUACAUCUAAUAAUUCAGCCAUUUUGGAUAGGUUGAAAAGAAGACGAAGUUUCCUGCAGAACUUUGAAGGCAUAAAUAACAGUGCAAGGAGUGGAAGGAUGCUUACAGAAAAUACAUUGCUGCAGUUAACUCCAGUCAUGAAUGUUUAAGUUUUUUCUCUUACAGAGCUUUGUGAAUUCUUUCUUUUGUAUAAUAGCAUUAAUGUAAAUUUUUUAAACAAUCAGAUAUGUAAAGAUGCAUCUAAAUCCAUGUCUAUACUUUCAACUUGUUUGAACUAGGGCUGUCAAAUGAUUACAAAAAUCAUGAUUAAUUGCACGAUCGUGGUGUUAGUAACAGA